AAGCGAAGAGGAGGGCCCACCAUCCGAUCCCGUGAACACUCGGGCCUGAACACCGGAGCGGCAACCGUCUCACGAACCUGGUUCGGCUCAUAACCGCUCGCGCCCUUGGCUUUGCCCCCACCAUCUUCCCCCGCCUUCUUUCAAAGUUCGAACAACCGCCUUCCCUCCUCCCCCCCUCGCCCCCUCUUCUUCGUCCACGCCAAGAACUCGAUCCCCAUGGAGCAACACGAGCGCGCGGCUGUUGAUCCGCUCGAGGGGCAGACGGAGCAGGGCGGGGAGGAUCCCGCUCCGGCGGCGGUUCUCGCCGGCGAGGUGGCCGGCGCCAAGGAGGGCGACCAGGAGCGCGCCCCGGAGACGCACAAUCCCGUCGGUGCCGCCGCGUCGGAGGGCGCCAAGAAGCAGGAUCUUGAGGAACCUUCGCCGGAGUCCGACGAGGUCGCGGCGGCGUCUACCAACAUCCAGAGCGAAGACCGCGAGGCGUUCGAGGACCCUAUGGAGACUCACUUCGAGUUCCGAUCAGCGGCCGCCGAUGCGACGCCGACGUACACCUCCCUCCGCGCACGGUCAAGGAAGCAGGCCGGGCCGACGAAGUUCGUCGCCGUGGGAGCUCCCGACGGUGCCGGCUCCGAGGCGCCUGUUCUUGGCGCGUCGUCGUCUUCGGCGCCGGCGCGAGCGGCGGGCACGCACGAGGACUUCUCUGCGACGGCCGCGCCCGGCGCCACGGUGGCGAUCGCGCACGCCUCGCCGCCCGACUCCAAUCGCCGCCUGCCGUCGCGAAGCAGGAAGCAGUACUCCCCGAUGCGCUUCGCCUCCGCGGGGGCGUCAACUUCGACCGGCGCACCGGCCGCAGGCGACCCAGCUCCCCCUGCUCGAGGCAGGAAGCAGCCCCGGCCCGAGCACUUCAUCCCGGAGGAAGCGGCAGCCACGGCCGGCGCCAAAGCUCGCCGGGGCGACAUCGUCCUCGACAGGUUCCUCUCGUCUACUAUGGCCCGCGGCUCCUCGGUUUCGGAUUGGGCGAGGGACGUCACGGCGGAGGACGCGGGUCGGCAGCCCAAGCGCCCGCGCGGCGUCGAGAGCUUCAGGAUCAGGGACGCGAGCCGCCACGCCGCCCGUGCCUGCGGGCUACGCGUCGCGAUCAGCCGCCUCGGAGCCUCGUGCGGCGGCAGUUCGUCGCCAUCAACGGCGGCCCCGGGACAGCCCGAGGGGAGCGGGAAGAUGUACGGCAUCCUCGCCGUUCUCGGCGCUUCUCUGGCGCUCAGCGUGGUGUCCUGCGUGCUGUUCUACCUCGUCGGUCAGAGCAGCCAGGCUGCUCCCUCCGGGGAGAACCAGGACAAGUGAGCGGUCUGAGCGAUUCAGGAUUCAGCAAAGGGGAUAGCUGCAUAGUGGAUCAUUUGGUGUUCCUCUUCUCUGAAGCUUACAUACCUUGGAAUCCCUUAUCUGUGAUUCUGUAUCUAGUUUUUGUCCGAAUUGGUGUGGCUUUGAACUAUGGUGAUUGUGUGCGGGUGGAAUCCAGAGUUAACUCAAGUUUAUCAUAACCCUUAUGUCACAUCUAACCUGAUAUUCACUAUGUUUGUGGUUUA